AUGUCCAGUCCAAACCUCAAUAUUGUAACAAUUAUUGGAAGUGUUUUUACUUACGUCAGUGGAUACAUGUUUGGAAUUGUGGAAGAGAAAACUGCUACAAUGGAAGUGUCAAUUGAAUUGAUUUUUCAGAUUCGCAUAUGGAUGCUCUGCUUAGGAACCUCACUGGCAUUUGGGCCCAUAUUGGGAAAGACGUGGCGACUGUACAAAGUUUUUGGUCAGCGUGUCCCUGAGAAGAGAGUGAUUAUCAAAGACAUUCAAUUACUGGGGCUGGUAGCUGGAGUGGUUGCUUUGGAUAUGCUGAUUCUGGCAACAUGGAGCAUUGUUGACCCAUUGCAGUGUACACAAUCCUUAAAUGCAGGAGUGAGGGCAGUUGAAAAAUAUCUUUCCUACUCCAUUACAAUCAUGAAAUGUUGUGUUUCUCGGUACACAGAAAUCUGGAUAAUUCUUAUUUUACUCCUAAAGGGAAGUCUUCUGUUCUAUGGCACAUACCUAGCUGGUUUAACCAGCAAUGUUAGCUGUCCGCCUGUAAACCAAACUGUCACCAUCAUGGUAGGAGUUUAUCUGAUCAUGUUUACUGCAGGAAUAAUCAUUCCCACUAUCAGAUUCCUCAGCACCUGGCCCAAUCUUUCCUAUGGUAUCACAUCUGGAGGAAUAUUCCUAUGUACCUCAACUAUCAACUGUCUCAUCUUUAUCCCUCAGGUCAGACAGUGGAAGCAAUUUGAGGAAGAAUUAAACGUUACUCCAAAUCAGAUGGCCAAAUAUUUCAACAGUCCAAGCAAGAGCUUUCGGUCCAUGUACAGUGAUGACCAGAUCUAUUACCUGCUUGGAGAAAAUAACUCCAUGAAACGACUCCUCACUGAGAAAAAUGCAGUAAUUGAAAGUCUGCAGGAACAGGUUAAUAAUGUGAAGGAUAAAUUGGUGCAUUUAAUGACACCAGAUUGCACAGAAGAGCUGAAGGAUUACAUCUCCACAACAGGAUCCAAGACAGCACAUCACCCUUUGAUUAAUUUUGAGGUUAAAGGUCAUAACACAGCAACAAAAGAUUCAGAAAGUGAAAAGUCUUUGUCAGACAGACAGACAAAUCUGGAUCAGACCUUUGGUUCACAGCAAGACCAUAAACCUGUGUCACUGCAAAGUAACUUCCACCAAAUCAUGGGAGAUUCUACAAAUCAACUGGACUCAACUUUGUAUCCACAAAGGCCAGAAGAUGUUGUAAAUUAUCAGAAUUUUACUAGAAGUGUUCUGAACCACCUAGGACAUCCAGAAAAUUCUGAGAUUAAUCUAGAUGAUUUUUCCAAUUCAUGUGAUACCUCAGAAAUAGCUUCAGAAGUUCAGAUAAACGACUGUGUGAAAAUGACUCCACAACCAAUAGAUCAGAUCCUGGUCUCCUCUGCAAUCCAUCCAUCAGUUAGAUCCAGGACGAUUGAAUGUGCUUCUGUCAAGGAUCCAAGAAAAAUGAUUAAAAACAAUUAUGUGAGCAGUGAGAAGCUGCAAGAAAUUCUACAAGAGCUAAAUGUUAAUGCUGUCACCUCAAUCUGCUCACCAGAGAGACCAAGACGAAUGCUCCAGAAUUUUUCACUUGAACAGUGUACCCGGAGAGUAGAGCAAUUAAAACAUUGCUAUCAUAGUAUUUCUCCAUAUAUAGUGAGGCAGAGGAGGCCACCUUUCUAUUCAAUAACUGGUACACCUUCCCAUUAUUUUCCACACUCAACAACUCAACAGACUAAAUGCCGAGUUAAUGAAAAUAUAAGUAGGGAUACAAUUUCUGAGACUAGUCGACUAGAAUGCAUUCACCAGAAAAGAUUAACUGAUGAAAACAGAUCUACAAGUCUCUCAGCAACCCUAAGCUCAGCAAAGAAACUGGAUGCACUAUCUGACAGCUAUCAACUGUAUGGCAAAAAAGACCAAAAAAAUGGCUGCAUAAGCUGUUCAGCUUUAGAAGGGAAACACAUUAUGAAGCCACAUUCAGACCUGGAUUUAAAGAAAGCACACUUAUGCUUGGAAGAAAGCGAAGUAGCUGGUAAAGAAGGCUCUUUUCAAACUUACCAGUAUGAUUACUCAGAUUCAGAAUCAAGCAGUUCAGAUGAAACAUUUUGCUGUUACCACAGGGCAUGCUGUGAAGUAUGCUGUCGAGGCUCAUACAAUUCAAGUAUUUCAGAAACCUCAGACAGUGAGCAAUAUAAUCUAUCAUUCAUUUGGUCACAAAAACAUUUUCGUAAUCAUCCACUUGUUAAUUUUAAAGAGGACUUAGAACCCACGUUUGUAUGACCAAUUCAAAGAACUUGGAAGAUAGUCACAUGCACCACAUAAAUUCUGCUUUGUCUGUGAGAUUAUCUUUUCUGUUUUUAGUAGCUCACUCUGUUCCUUUUAUAACGGGGGAGAGUGAAUGACUCGAUUACUGGGAUGACCUUCCCUAUUUGUAUGGCUGGUUUUGAUAAAAUUACUCAAAAUUAAUGCUUAAAUGUAAACAAACACUAAGAUCACUCUAUACAGAAAAGUACAAAUUUAUCCAAUGGUUCAAAAACACUUGCCACCUGCAAUUGUAAUCUCGCUCCCUGAAAUAUAAAUUGUUUUAUAUUUAAAGAAAGAAAUUUCAUUUAGCUUCAUAGGAGAUUGACCAUCUAUUGCCAAGUUUCAGACUUCUAUUGAGGACCUUUGACAACACUGUCAGUUUUUAACCAAAUGAGACAGAUACUAAAUAAACAUAGAUUGAUCGCAGAAAUUUUAAGAUGGCGGAAUCAUAUUGCCCCUUCUUUACAAAUACAAAUGAUUUUUUCUCUGAAGUCACUUACCUGUUGAACUUAGGAUAACCAGAACAUGAAAGCCCUAUUAUAACUAUACAUAGCUGGAAACUUCCACGAAACCUUUGGUGUACUUAAAAGAAUAUAUUAUGGUACUUUAUCAGCAGAUUAGGUUUUUUUAAAAUUUGAACUUUUGCUUGACGUAAAAUGUUGCUUUGAUGUCAUACAAUCUAAGGUUUAUUAUUUUAAAAAACUAUAACAUUUUCCAUUACAGUAUACUGCUGUGAUCUAUUCGCUAAAAAUAAGAGCUUGACAGGUUCUACCUAAGUGUGCAUUAAUGUUGUUAACCUUUGUUUAUGAAUUACUCUACAGAGCAUCAGACACAGAUUGAAUUAGCUAUAUAAGCAUCUAUUUAUUCUCCCAAUUCAGUGCAUCUUGCAAAACUAAAAACUUAAUAUGGAAUUAUUUUUUCAUCAAAGGAUGCAUUAGAAAAUAAAAACUAAUCUAAUACGUCAUUGAAUAGUCACAAAAAAUAGGUGCAAGAAUAGGCCAUUCAGCCCCUUGAACAGGUCCAACAUUCAGUAAGGUCAUACCUAGUUUUAUUGUGACUUUAACUUCACUUUUCUGCCUGAAUCUCUAAUCCUCGAUUCCCUUGUCAAUCAGAAUUCUGUCAAACUCAGUCUGAAAUAUAUUCAAUUAUCCCGUUUCCAAAGUGGUCUAUGGAAGGAAUUUCAAACACUAAUAUCCCACUCAAGAGAAGAAAUUCCUUAGCGUCACCACCUUAAAUGGGAGACGUCAUAUUUUAACCAGUGCCAUGUAACUCUGGAUCCUCAACCCCCACCAAGAUGAAAUAUUCUCUCAGCAUCUAUCUUGUCAGACACUCUUAGAAUCUUAUGUUUAAACAAGAUCACCAUUGUACUUCCUAGUAAAUCUUUGCCUUGUAAGUCUUCCCAAGAUGUAUCACCUCACACUGUAAAAUUAAAUUCCAUUUGCCACUAUUCAGCCCAUCGGAUCUACUUAGCUAUAUUGUCCUGUCACCUAAGACUUUCCUCCUUACUAUUUGCCACACCAAUUUUCAUAUCAUCUACAAACCUGAGCAUUCUUUCUACAUUCAUGUCCAGAUUAAUAAUGACCACAGCAAACAGCAAAGAAACAGCAUCAAAACGUGUAGUACACCACUAGUCACCAGUCACAAGUUAUGAAAUAUCUCCUUGAAUAUCUGCCACUGUUUAUCUACUAUCUUACAUUUUAACCUAUUUACCAGUCCACUUUAGCCAAUCUGUUUUCAUAUUCUUGUAAUUGACUUAAAAGUUUAAGUCACUAUUUAUGGAUUUACAUAUCUCACUUUCAAACGGAAUGCGAAAUUUCAUCAGGUUUUGAUCAAUCUUGCCUUGAGGAUCCUUUACUAUGAGGGCUUUAAUUAAUCCUAUCGCAUUACACAAAAUCAGAUCCAUUAGUAAGAUUGAGUAUUAAUAAUUCCAAUAGCACACAUCCAAUCCCAAAAUAGCUGAGGUAGUUUUUGGAACCUGCCUCUUCUUUUCAUAUAUGAUAUGAUAUCAUGGUAUAAUGAUUAACAAACUUCAGACAUUUAGGACAUUACAUGAUGAGACAGAGAGUUGUUGAGAAUUGUAACAGUAACCACACCGUAGCCGACAUAAUACCACAAAAAGUUGAACAUGGUUUCCUUGCUUUUACAUUUGAUGAAAGCAAAAUGUCCGGAAGAGAAUGAAGUGAAAAGGCAAAUUGAGAAGAGCACAUAGCCAUUUUACAUGCUAUCACAAUUGAAUUUCAUUUUCAAUCAUUUCUCUGAUAAGACACAGAAUACAAUUUGUCCUUUUUAGUGCAUAUUUUAACUUAUUUAUCAUUAAAAGAUAAGUCACUUCUAGAUACGUGUUUCCUCAUUCUGAAGAAUUUAAUCAUUUUAAAUAUACUUUCAUUAUUUCUUUUCCCCAAAAGAGCUAAUUCCUGUUCCCAGUAUUUUAUUAUUCAGUCAUCUAUCCAUAUAUUAGCCUACUCUGCUAACCUAUCUUUGAAUUCCCUGAAUCUACCCCCAGAAUAACAUGCCUUUUUCCCUAAUUUGGUCUCAUGGAAAACAAGUGUUGAUACAACCCUUCCUAAGUCAGGUAUAGCCGUAUAAAUAAAUUGGAAACAGAGGCUCAAUGAAUCCACCAAUGAAAAGUGAAAACCUGAAAAUGCAACUUUUGUUGUCACACCGUUCUUUGUUCUGUCAGUGAAUUAAAAACUAACAUUUUUCUAGUUUUUUGCACCACAACAUCAACA